CCCUACGAGAACCGAGCCGACAUAUAAAGAGGAUCUCACACAGAGGCGCUCAAACACACUCGAUUUAUUUCUCCUCUGAGGCGGGACACAGAGAUUCACAGCCAAGAUGAGACUGUACCUUGCAGUUGCCGUGCUGAUGCUGGCUUUUGUCGCAUACACAGAGGCUCAGGAGGAAACCUUCACGGACAGGCUGACCAGCUUUGGCGAGCAAUUGCAAGUGAUGGCCAGGGAACUGGCUGAGAAGGCUAAGACUGCAUUUAAGGAGGUCCAAAACAGCGACGUUGCAGUCAACUCCAAAAACUGGAUCCAGGAUCAGUUUGAGAAGUUGACGAACAAAGUAAAGGAACACACUCAGUAGGGGAGCAAAUAGGCUCGUGUCUCCAGCCUACAGUCACCCCUCCUCGUCCACCUCUUCCCUCUGACCCUCAUCACAUGGCACACUGCUGGAAAAAAGAGAUUUUUUUUAUACAAAUAAUUUGAGUAAUCUUUUUGAAGAAAUAACGUGAAAAAGUGCUACUAAGACAUAUAAAAAUAUUUUUUAAUAUAAAUUCUGUGCAUCAGUAUUUAUCAAUGUAAAGGAAAUAAGAACUUUUUUUUAAAUGUAAUGAAUUAUAGUAGAAGAGUCUGUUAAAGAUGUCUGACAUGAAUAAAUGAACAGUUCUGGUCUAUGACA